UUCAUCCAUGUGCAACCACAUGGAGUUGCGCAUGCGCAGUUCUUGUAUCAGACUAGUUUAGUAAGUUUACCAGAGUAGUAUCAACUACCGGUAUCAACCCACCUAAAAUGGCCUCGCAACUCGCCCCCUCUGUUCUGAGUGGAAGGACCUUAAGCAUCCAGGAUCUUGAUGAUGUGAUUUCUUUACUUGAAAGACAUGACUACAGCAAGACAUCAUAUCGUCGACUUGGUCUACGUCUCAAAUUGCAUCACAAUACACUAGAAACUAUAAGGAAAGACCACGGAGACAUCCAUCCGUGUUUUACGGAGUGUUUGGCUAGCUGGUUGCGUAAAGCUGAUAGAGUAAAGAAUCCAACAAUAGAUGCACUGAUAGCUGCUCUUAGAGGAAUAGGAGAGAAUGCUGUAGCUGAUGGUAUUAAUGAAGAAAGAAAAAGAUGUACUAUGUCUGAAAGUGAAGUUUCAGAUUGUUCGUCAGAUAGACCAAUGUUAGCCUUAGCCACACCCCCAACACUGCUUGCCCCUAGUAAAGGUGAGCCUUAUGGAGCUACUUCUCUUCAUGUUGCUGCAAGAGAAGGAUAUGAUGAGGUUGUACAAAUUUUAUUGUCUGCAGGAGCUGAUGUGAACCUCAUAGAUACA